UUUUCAGAAUGAAAAGGGGCAAGGAGCACAAGUGAUAAACGGAACAAAACAAAACAAAAUUUCCCAAGUUAUCGAGACUUCCAGAAUGCAUCACGGGUAAGGUUUCGUCCAAACAUGUGAUAAACCUCUAUGGUUUCUUGCGAUUUUUGUUUCUUUUUCGAUUUGUCACCAUUGAACACCAGAGAAGCGGCCAAUAAGAAGAUUUAUCGUCACGCUUAAAAAAUUUUUCCUUCUGAAUAUUGUCUGGUCCAUGAUAAUCUUCUACAAGAAUGGCAGAUAAUGGAUUUGAUGCAAAGAUGGUGGUUGACAAGUGCAGGAAAGCCUUUGAUGAGGGCAAGAUGAGAUCAUACGAAGCGAGAAUAGGACAUCUUCAUAACCUGAGACGUAUGAUAGCAGAAAACAAGAAGGCUUUCAUAGAUGCGAUGUACAAAGACCUUAGGAAGCCUGAAUUUGAAUCUGUUACAUUUGAAGUAGAUUUUGGCCACAAUGAGUGCGUCUUGGCGAUCAAUGAACUCCAACAAUGGAUGAAACCAGAGAAGGUUGCUAUACCGAUGGCAGGAGUAGGCAAGCAGUGCUUCAUCAAUCGGGAUCCACUAGGUCUGGUCCUGAUUAUUGGGGCCUGGAACUAUCCAUUCCAGCUUCCCAUACAUCCACUGAUAGGGGCUAUAGCCGCAGGUAACACCGCUAUCAUAAAACCGUCCGAGGUCAGUCCCGCUACUGCUCAACUCUUUGAAGAGCUAUUCCCCAAGUACAUGGACACUAGUUGUUUUCAGUUGGUAACUGGUGAUGCGGUGGUGACGACGGCUCUUCUUGAGCAGAGAUUUGAUCAUAUCUUCUUCACGGGGAGUACCUCUAUAGGGAAGAUUGUGCAGAUGGCUGCCGCGAAACAUCUAACACCAGUAACCCUGGAACUUGGUGGAAAAUGCCCGUUUUACAUUGACUCCGACUGUGACAUUGACGUCGCCGUCCACCGGGCAGCCUCGGCCAAGUUCUACAACGCAGGCCAGACCUGUAUAGCGCCAGACUUCAUCAUAUGCCGAAAGGACCAGAUGGACAGGGUUGUCUCGUGCCUGAGGAAGGCCAUCAAGGAAUUCUUUGGUGAGAAUCCCAAGACCUCCAGAGACUAUGGUAGGGUGGUCAACGCCAGGCAUUUCAAACGGAUUUGUGCCCUCCUUGAUGGCCAGGAGAUAGAGAUUGGAGGCGAGUCUGACGAAGAUGAUCUCUACAUUGCACCUACUGUCAUCAUCAAUGCUAAGGAUACUGAUAGGGUCAUGCAAGAAGAGAUCUUUGGUCCCUUAUUGCCAAUACUUAAUCUUGAGACCCCAGAAGAUGCCAUUCGUUUCAUCAAUAGCAGGGAGAAGCCUCUUGCUCUCUACAUUUUCUCCAGUAAUAUGAGAGUGAUAGACCAGUUUCGAAACCAGACCUCAAGCGGAAUGUUCUGUGGUAACGAGUGCAUGGUACAGGGAGGGGUUGAGACGCUACCAUUCGGAGGCAUAGGACACAGCGGAACGGGAACCUACCACGGGAAGUUCACAUAUGAGACCUUCUCCCAUCGCAAGGCUUGCAUGGUCGAUCCAAUGUACACCGUAUCUGAACUGGCCAGGAGGAUAUUCUACGCACCGUACACGGAUCGUAAGACUGCAAUGAUUUCAUGGGUUCUUCGGAAGAAGCCGAAGAACAGGACGAUGUCUUUCUUAUUUCAAGUUACCGGACUGGUGGUCCUUCUAGCUGUAUUGUACAAGGUCUUUAUGCCUUGAUGGUCGGAUCUCCUUAGAAUAAGCAGAGUAUCUAAAGUCUUCCUGAAUGCCUUGCAUUUUCAGGACCCAUAAGCGGCUUGAUUCUUUAAUUCCCAUAGCCCAAAGACUAGAUUCUGCUUUACCCAGUAAACAGAAUU